AAAGACACCUAUUAAUAUUUUUCUCAUUUUUCUUUUAUUUAUGUCAAUUAUCAUCUUUGAAAUGCUUGCCCAAUGUUUCUAUUUAUUCGCAUUAUAAUUAGCAUACGAGAUGAAGUAAUUGUUAAGUCUCUCUAUAUAUCUAUCUUAUUUUAGGCUAAUUAUCUUUUGGAUAUUCCGAUGGAAAAAGAAGCUGCAGGUGAAUCAUCUCGAGUAACAAUGCCGCCUCCCAACACAGGGAAGCUGAUAACCAUUCUCUCCAUCGAUGGAGGAGGAAUUAGAGGAAUUAUUCCCGGGGUUAUCCUUGCAUAUCUUGAAUCACAACUUCAGGAAUUGGAUGGUGAAGAUGCAAGAAUUGCGGAUUAUUUUGACUUGAUAGCAGGAACAAGCACAGGGGGCCUUGUAACAGCCAUGUUGGCUGCACCAAACAAAGCUAAACGCCCUCUUUAUGCUGCCAAAGAUAUUACACCUUUCUAUCUUGAGCACUCCCCCAAAAUCUUUCACCAGAUCGGUGGACCAUUUGAUGGGGUCAUAAAUCUAACCAAAAUGUUGAACGGACCAAAAUAUGAUGGGAAGUAUCUUCAUACACUUAUAAAGGGACUCCUAGGAAGUACCAGGUUGCAUGAUACCUUAACUGCCGUCGUAAUUCCAACUUUUGACAUCAAGGAUCUUCAGCCAGUUAUUUUCAGCUCAUAUGAGACAAACUCGAAACCUGAUUUGAAUGCGGAACUGGCGGACAUUUGCAUAAGUACCUCGGCAGCGCCAACGUUUCUUCCUGCCCAUAGUUUCAAGAACAAGGAUGCUCAAAAUAAAGAACAUGAAUUUAACCUAAUUGAUGGUGGUGUGGCUGCUAAUAACCCGACAUUGAUCGCAAUUGGUGAGGUGACUAAGCAAGUAUUGAUGAAGCACGAAGACUUAUUUCCUAUCAAGCCCAUGGAUUAUGGUCGUUUUCUUGUAAUAUCACUGGGAACAGGCAAUGCAAAGAACGAGGAAAAAUACAAUGCUAAAAUGGCUGCGAAGUGGGGAUUACUUAGCUGGCUAACUCAUAACAAUUCCACACCAAUCGUCGAAGCUUUUAAUCAAGCAAGCGCUGAUAUGGUUGAUUUACACAACUUUGUGGUUUUCAAAGCUCUUCAAUCGGAUGAUCAAUACCUCCGAAUCCAGGAUGACACUUUGACAGGGAACUUGGCCUCAGUUGACAUAGCAACAAAGGAAAACUUAGAAGGCCUCGUUAAGGUAGGAGAACGGUUACUGGACAAACCAGCUUCCAAGAUAAACUUAGACAAAGGAGUUUAUGAAGCAGUUGAGAACGGAGGAACCAACAAGGAAGCUCUACGGAGGUUUGCCAAGAUACUUUCGAACGAGAGAAAAUUCCGCCAGUCCAGUAGCCGGAUGAUCUAAAUGAAAUUGUAUUGUCAUCAACUUUAAUGUAUUGAUUGUGUGUUUCAAUUUAAUAAUGUUCCUACUUUGCCAUUCCUUUUCAUGCCUUCAUAAGAUUCUGUAACCCAUGUCAAAUCAUAUUUUUGGUGGAAAAUUCUUAAGUUGAAUGAUUUUAGUGAUACAAAAAUAAAUUGAUUGAGUUUACUAAUAAUUUCAUACAAUUAUGUAACUUCUGAUAAA